AAGUAGUAUUACGAUUCCGGGAAACUUUCGUACUUGCAGAUUCAAUAUGUCAUCAUCUGCACCCUCUCAUCGUCCCCUUUUCUUCAUCACUGCUAAGUAGACAUUAACACUGCACCAAUUUAAGAAGAAUCAAGAAUUGCAUAACGUACGAUGAAAGAGAUUAGAGACGGACCGCAGGCUAACCGUAUGCCAAAAUCUGCAGCUUCUGACUCUAAUCCACUAGUUCUUGAUGUAGAUGAUUUCAAGGGGGACUUUUCGUUUGAUGAUCUGUUUGGCAACUUGGUGACUGAGCUAUUGCCUUCUUAUCUGGAAAAAGAAGCAGACUCAUCAGAAAGUCAUGGGAACAUCGUUGGAAUUGAUGCGCUAUCAAAUGGGAAUUUGCGGUCAAAUGCAGGAAAAUCAGCUCAAGGACUAUCAAGCCCAUUGUUCCCUGAAGUUGAUGCUUUAUUAUCUUUAUUUAAGAAUUCAAGCACCCAAUUGGUUGAGCUCAAAGGACAGGUUGAUGGGAAACUAAACAAUCUCAAAAAAGAAGUUGCUGUCCAAGACUUGAAGCACCGUAAGACGCUUGCUGAGCUGGAAAAAGGUGUAGAUGGAUUGUUUGGUAGCUUUGCACGUCUAGAUUCACGUAUAUCCAGUGUGGGUCAUACUGCAGCCAAAAUAGGAGAUCACUUGCAGAGUGCAGAUACGCAGAGAGAAUCUGCUAGUCAGACGAUAGAGCUCAUAAAGUACUUGAUGGAGUUCAAUAGAAGUCCAGGAGACCUGACAGCACUUUCUCCUUUAUUUACUGAUGAUAACCGUGUUGCUGAAGCUGCUUCAAUUGCACAGAAAUUAAGAUCAUUUGCUGAUGAAGAUAUUGGAAGACAAAAAACAACUGUCUCCUCUGCUGUUGGCAAUGCAACUUCAAGUAAAGGAUUGGAAGUUGCUAUCUCAAACCUUCAAGAGUACUGCAAUGAGUUGGAAAACAGAUUAUUAGCUCGAUUUGAUGCGGCUACACAGAAGCACGAUUUGACUAGGAUGGGUGAAUAUGCUAAAAUUUUGUCACAGUUUAACAGGGGUACCAGUGCCAUGCAACACUACGUGGGUUUACGUCCAAUGUUCGAUGUUGAGGUGAUGAAUGCGGAUGCCAAAUUGGUUCUUGGUGAUGAGGGUGCCCAACCCAGCCCUAGCAAUGUUGCUAAGGGACUUUCUUCAAUGUUUAAAGAGAUUACAGACACGGUGCGAAAAGAAGCAGCCACCAUAGCAGCAGUUUUCCCUUCCCCUAAGGAUGUAAUGUCGAUAUUAGUUCAGCGUGUCUUGGAGGAUCGUGUUCCAAAACUUCUAGAGAAGCUCUUACAGAAACCAUCUCUUGUUAACCCACCUCCCAUGGAAGAAGGUGGACUUGUAUUAUAUCUCAGAUUGCUGGCUGUUGCAUAUGAGAAGACACAAGAGUUUUCUAAGGACUUACGAAGUGUAGGAUGUGGUGACUUGGAUGUUGAAGGUUUGACUGAGUCUUUGUUUCUACCACACAAAGACAUAUACGUGGAGUGCGAGCAAGCCUCUCUUAAGCAACUUUACAAAGCUAAGAUGGACGAACUACGUAGCGAAAGCCAGCUGUCCUCAGAGUCGUCUGGGACAAUUGGACGCUCAAAAGGUGCUUCAAUGGCACUUUCUAACCCGGAAAUUUCUGUAGCUGUGGUGACAGAGUUUGUUCGUUGGAACGAAGAAGCAACAUCCAGAUGCAGUUUGUUUUCAUUACAGCCUGCCACACUUGCUGCUAGCGUUAAAGUUGUUUUCACAUGCCUUCUGGACCAGGUCAGUCAGUACACAACAGGAGGUCUUGAAAGAGCCCGAGAUGGUCUUACUGAAGCUGCUGCCUUAAGGGAAAAGCACUUGCUGGGAACUAGUGUUAGCCGAAGAGUUGCUGCAGCAGCUGCUUCUGCCGCAGAAAAUGCGGCUGCUGCUGGCGAAAGCAGUUUCAGAUCUUUCAUGCUCGCUGUGCAACGUUGUGGAAGCAGUGUGGCUAUUUUGCAGCAAUAUUUUGUGAACUCCUUAUCGCGGCUUUUGCUUCCUGUGGAUGGUGCUCAUGCUGCUUCCAGUGAAGAAAUGGCAACAGCUAUGUCUCGUGCAGAGAAUGUUGCCUGUAAGGGGCUUCAACAGUGCAUUGAAACUGUCAUGGCUGAGGUGGAAAGGCUACUGUCAACCGAGCAAAAAGCAACAGAUUAUCGAUCACCUGAUGAUGGCAUUAUCCCGGACCAUAGGCCAACAAGUGCUUGUGCAUGUGUUGUUGCAUAUCUUUCUCGUGUGCUUGAGUCGGCAUUCACUGGAUUGGAAGGGCUCAACAAACAAGCGUUCCUGACUGAAUUGGGGAAUCGCUUGCACAAAGCUUUGCUUAACCAUUGGCAAAAGCUCACUUUCAAUCCUAGUGGAGGACUGCGUUUGAAGCGUGAUAUAACAGAAUAUGGGGAGUAUGUCCGUAGUUUCAAUGCCCCUCAGAUUGAUGAGAAAUUUGAACAGCUCGGAAUCAUUGCAAAUGUGUUUAUUGUUGCUCCUGAAAGUCUCGGCCCGCUGUUUGAGGGAACUCCAAGCAUUAAGAAAGAUGCUCAGAGGUUUAUUCAACUUCGUGACGAUUACAAGAGUGCAAAACUCGCGUCAAAGCUCAGCUCCUUGUGGAAUUAGCUUAGUUGGAUCAGAAAUUACAUUCUGAAAUUAUAAGAAAUCCGACUGCUGGUAGCAUAUAUAGAGUUGACGGUUAUAUGGCAAGGCUCGUCCAUCUCAAACUGGAACUUUUUAUUCCUGGGCUAGAAGAUUUGGGGAAAUUUUGCUAAUUUAGAGGUAGAAAAUCCUAGUUCUAAGUUAUAUGAACCCCCUUUUUCUGUAUUAGUUUUGGUGAUUUUUCACUCUUCCAUUGUUGUUUAUGUUUUUGAAACCUGCAAAAGUUUCUCUUGCAAAUUGAUUUUGCUAGAUGUGCUUGUUGCUAUACUGUUAAUAAUUGACGAGAAAGAUAUAUCAGUUUUGUUGGUACAGA